CCUCUCUCCCUCUCUUGUUGUGUUUCUGUUACGCAUCGCCAUCUUGUUACAAAGCCUUCUUCUGGUCGGGUGGGAGGGGGCCGCGGAAACGGGGGCCGGAAGGGGCCAAAAAGGCUUGGCUUCAGCCCGGAUUGGCGUGCUCUCUCCCCUCCAGAAGAACCACAACAGCAGCAGCAGCAAUAGGGACCCUCUUUGGCAGAACAAGCCAAGCCCUUCUUUGCACAUUCGAGACAGAGAGAUAUACCUAUCUAUCUAUAUUUAUAUAUUUUUCCUUAUAUAUAUAUAUUUUGGGAUCCUCAGACUGCCCCCACUCUCCUGCUACUGCUCCUCCUUUUGGGACUCCCACCCCGAGAAAUGAGCAUUGAGACCUUGCUAGAAGCGGCCCGGUUCCUGGAAUGGCAAGCGCAGCAACAACAGAAAGCACGUGAAGAAAACGAAAAGCAUGAAAAACUUCACCUGGACCAUGAGCAGGAGCUUCCGAAGGCCAGCGUGCCACGGGUCAACCACGCCGUGGCCCACGAGGAGGAGCCACAGAACGAUGUCUUGGCAGUGCCCCUGUCUCCGCCUGCCCCGGCCCCUCCACCUCCCCCACCCCCACCCUUGGCGGCUCCCAUCUCAGUCAUCCCCAUUCCCCUGGUCACCAGCCCGCCACAACAGAUGGCCCAGAGCACCUUGUCUCCGCCUCUCAUCCCGCGCCACCCGCCCCUUGGUGCUCCGGGCCUCGGAAAGGAAGCCCCACUGGUGGCACCCGUGAUCCAGAAGGCCUCCGGACCGCUCCUCCCGGACAUCAAGUCCCCCUCGCUUGCGUCGGGGAGCCCGGGCCAGCUCCCGCACUACGCUGCUCCCGUGCUGGCCAUUUCCCAGCACCACAUGGUCCAGCAGCAACCCAUCCAGCCCCAGCCGCCAAUGCACCAACCUCUGCAGCCCCACCAUGUGUCCCCGCCACCCUUGCCACCCCCGCCACUCGGGGUCAAGAUGGCCCCUUCGGAGGACUCCAAGCCAAGCGAGCAGAAGAAGAGACCAGGAGGGGUCGGCACCAGAGAAGUCCAUAAUAAGUUGGAAAAGAACAGGCGUGCCCACCUGAAAGAAUGUUUUGAGACCCUCAAGCGGAACAUCCCCAACGUCGAUGACAAGAAAACCUCAAACCUCAGCGUCCUAAGGAGUGCCUUGAGAUAUAUCCAGACCUUAAAGCGCAAGGAGAAGGAGUACGAGCACGAAAUGGAGCGGCUGGCGAGAGAAAAGAUUGCCACGCAGCAGCGGUUGGCGGAGCUGAAGAACGAACUGAGCCAGUGGAUGGACGUCUUGGAAAUCGAGCGGAUCAUCCGGCAGACCGUUCAGCCCGAGGACGAUCAAGCGUCUACCUCGACAGCGUCAGAAGGCGAAGACAACAUCGAUGAGGACAUGGAGGACGACAGGCCCGUGAAUUCGCUGCCGAAGCUUGCCCACCGCCCUCACCCGGAGCUCUUGAAGGCGGUCUCUCCCUUGGCGGCGGCGACGGUGCCCCCCGCAGCCCCCACAAUCUUGCCCCUGGCACAGAAGCACGCCCACCCGCCACUCCCUCCCCAGCAGGCCCUGCUCCCCGCACAGACUCACUUGGUGGCCGCCUCCACGGUGCAAUCGACUGUUAUCGCCCACACGGCCACCACCCACGCCUCGGUCAUCCAGACUGUCAACCACAUGCUGCAGGGGCCCCAGGCCAAGCACAUUGCCCACAUUGCCCCUUCUUCUGGCGCCACCUCGGCCGCGGCCCAGCCCAUCGGCCACAUCACGGUGCACCCGGCCGCCCUCAACCACGUGGCCCACCUGGGGCCGCAGCUCCCGCUCUACCCGCAGCCCGUGGUGAGCCACAUCGCCCACACCAUCUCCCACCAGCAGGUCAAUGGGCAGCCGGCGGCGGCGGUGGUGGGCAAGCCGGGCGUGGGGACUCAGGUGGUGCACCACCCGCAGCUGGUGGGGCAAACGGUCUUGAACCCGGUCACGAUGGUGACCAUGCCUUCGUUCCCCGUGAGCACCUUGAAGCUGGCUUGAAGAGGCGGGCGGCUUUGGCCCGGCCGCGACUCCGUACAUUCCAACCGUGUGUCCCGAUGCUAAAGGUGUCAAGAGAAAGCGUGUGUAGCGAGCAAGCGUGCGAGAGAGCAAGCAAGCGUGCGAGAGAGCGAGAGCACUGUGCGAGACAUCCGGAGAAGGGGGCACAGGCAUUGUUUCUUUCUCUCCCCCCCCCCCCUUUUUUUAUUUUCCUGAUUUCUCUUAAGCAACCCAGUAAUGGGGAGGGAUGGGCUGCUUCAGCACUUGAAUUUCUCCGAAUCAGCGAAAACAUGGAACAAACUGUCCUUCACGGUGAUUUAACUCCUCCCCUUUUCCUUUUGACAUGUAAUCAGUGACUGUAAUAACGUUCUUAAGACGUUUAAUUAUUUUUUUUGUUUUGUUUUCCACCGCUGCCACCACUUUAUUAUUAUUUUUUGAUGUGUUUGCUUCUUUGUAGGAUUUUUUUUUAAUGGCUGAUCUCUUUACCGAGACUAUGCAUAGAUUAAGACGAAAAAAAGAAAUCACAGAAAUAUAUAUGUAUAUGUAUAGAUAUAUAUGUAUGUAUAUCUAUAUAUAUCUAUAUAUCAGGUAUGGGUAAACCCAGGCCCGUGGGCUGGAUGCGGCCCCUUGGGCUCUAUCCUUCCUUCUCUCUUUCCUUCCUCCUUCGCUCCCUCUUUCUCAUUCCUUCCUUCCUUCCACCUCUUUUGCCUUUCCUUCUCUUUCCUUCCUCCCAUCUCUUUCCCUCUCCCACCAUUCUCUUCCACCUUUGCAUCUUUCCUUCUCCCCUUCCUUCCUCCUGCCCUUCCUUUCUUCCAUCCAUCUUUCCAUCCAUCCUUCCCUUCCAUCCUUUUGUCCUUCCAUCCAUUUUGUCUUUCCUUCCAUCUCUUUCCUUCAUCCUUACCUCCUUCCCU